UUGACCAUGGCCACAACCAAUAGGAACGCAGUUUGACUGUGAGGGGCGGGCUCUGUCUAUGUUUGUGCUUAGUUCAAACUGUCAAACAGUCUCCCUAACAACGGAUGAAAACGACCAAAAAAAGCAGAUUCUACUGUCGGGUUGACGCUUUGAGAUGGCUGGAACCGGGGAGGCGAAGAAAGAAGAGGCCGACUAUAAGAGACUGUGCAACUUCCCUUUCAUCAGGCAAACAGACAUGCCAGAUGAAAUGCGAAUAGAGGCCGUGGAGCUGUGUGUGACGGCUUGUGAAAAGUUUGCAACAAACAACGAGAGUGCGGCGAAGAUGAUCAAAGAGUACAUGGACAAGAGGUUCGGCAGCUCUUGGCACGUGGUGAUCGGCGAAAGCUUUGGUUUCGAGAUCACGCAUGAAUUUAAGAACCUUCUCUACAUGUUCUUUGGAGGGAGCCUGGCCGUGUGCGUGUGGAAGUGCUCGUAGCGACUCCGCCCUCCACCAGCUCUGCCACUAUUCCUCUUAGUUUUUUUUUUAUUCUUUUCUUACCCCAUAAACCUGUUCUGUACUCCCUUUAAGCAUCGUCCUGAGUGUUUGUGAGAGUGCCUGUGAACUUUUGUCAAAACGACAGCUGGCCAGGGUCUCCAAUCCCCUUUGUCCUCCUUCCUUCUUCAGGGAGUGUGUGUGUUUGCAAGUGUGACUGAGCCGACAUGUUUGUGUGUGCUGGACACAGACUGUUGGUAUGAACCCUCUCAACCAAUGGUAAUAACACUACUGAUCACUGAACAGUCUAAGCACAAGAAGUGCAAGCCUUCUCCUGUCCGCACCGCCUGAAACGUCUUACCUGUGCAGCACUACAUGGUUUUCAAGAAAGUUUUUAAAUAUUUUUUACGUGUACAUAGUUUGAUGGAAAGCUUCAUUUUUUAAGACAUCUUCUUACAAGCGAGGGCUCUGACUCUUCAAGCCAAACAAUAAAACCCGAUUCACUUUUUUUCUCCUUGUAUAGCUGUUUGUAAUGAUCUCAGACCGGAGCCUUUUGGGGGUGACAGCAGCAAUGUGAUUGCUUCAUGCAACUGAAAGGGUCCCGCUCAGUGGAGCAGAUGUGAACUGACCUGAUUGUACAAUAAACUGAAAUGUAGUAAACUA